AUGAGUGGGUGCAUGGCAUGCAUUACUUGCGAAAUCUCUGAACCAACAUAUAUUUCUUCUAAGGAUAAAAUUUUUAAAAAAAUAAAAAACGAAGUAGAAAACUACUUUAGUAAAAUAGGAAGACCCGGAAAGGUUAUACAGGUAGGUGGAACCGCAAUAUGUAGGGGAAAGAUGAUAUCACACCCCACAUCUACAUAUGUUUUUUUAGGCACAACAUUGCUUUUGGGCGGUAUAGAUGACACGACAAGUUAUAUCUUUUUACAAAUUGAUCCAGAUAGAAUUGUACCUACGAUUCUUGAACUUUUUAAAAUUUUGUUGUAG